AUAAUAUCCGGCCGGGUUAUACCUUAAAUUUAACUUUUCUAAAGAUCUGAACAAAGCAGGAACUAGUUAUUCGGAUGAAAAACUCCUAAGUCCUUCAUAUCCAGAUUUAAAAGAAAAUAGUGGAAGAAAACAACAGGGGAAACAGCUAUUAUAGGAGCUUCUAAAAUUCAAUCCAAGAAAGGAGCCAUAAUGCCGGAUUAAUCGAUCAAACUUCAACUUAAACGUCCACUCUACCCUGAACAAAACCGAUGAAGCAGCAGAGAUGGACUUCCAUCUAAUUGUGCUAUCAUACUUUGGAUAUGGCACAAUAUUUCUGGUGUCGCUUUUUGGAAAUUCUUGCCUCAUACACAUUAUACGAACAGACACGUCCAUGAGGACUGCUAUAAAUUACUUUAUCUUAUACCAAGCUUUCGCUGAUCUUCUCAUCUCAUUCACGCAUUUGAUGGAGACUGUUCGUCUCAAUUCUUACCAUGGAUUGUGGUUUGGAGGAAACAUGGGAAACAUUACUUGCAAGUUAUAUCUCGCAAGCUUUUAUGUCUUUUCAGCUUUUUCUAUUUACUUACUCGUAACAAUUGCUGUUGAUCGCUUUUACGCAGUAUUUCGACCUUUGGAGAACACUCCAAUUUCUCGAAACAUGAAAAGAGUAAUUCUGAUAUUGUGGUCAUGCUCAUUCAUUAGUUCGACAGCCGUUGUUAUUAACGGGCACCUAGAGUCUAGUGAGAACUCUUACUUCUGUCAUUCGAUGAAGCUUCAAAACUUUAAUAAAGUAACAGAAUUAAAUGUUACAUCAUUAACCGUUGGCGUUGUCAUUCCUCUUACCCUUUUGGCAGUUUUAUACACGAGAAUAUGCAUCAAACUUUGGUCCCGUCAGGCACCCGGGGAAGGAGCCAGUAAUAACCAACGCCAACUCCGGGUGAUAGCUAUAGCAAGAAAGGUCACCCGAAUGAUGAUCGCAGUCUUCGUUUCAUUCCUGAUUUGCUGGGUUCCCUACUAUAUAACGAUGGCACUGUUUUAUCUUGGCUUUGUGCAAUACAAGAUCCGAGAGCAUGGAACUUCAGCAAAUAUAGAAUGAAUGUAAACAAUUUCCUCCUUAUUUUAUGAAAGGAAAAAUUGACAAAGGG